AUGUGUGAUGAUAUGGUGACCUAUUGGAUCCUAAAUUCUCUCUCACCAGAUCUGCUAGAUAGUUUGCAAUACGUCAAUAAUGCCAAGGAACUUUGGGAGGAACUGGAGGAUAGAUGUGACCAAACUAAUGGCUGCAAACUCUAUCAACUGCAGAAAGAGAUAAAUGACCUUGUGCAAGGCACAUUGGAUGUUACUGGUUACUAUAAUAAGAUGAAGAAAUUGUGGGAGGAAAUGAACACCAUUGAUGUUAAUUCCCAAUGCACUUGUGUGUGUGUUUGUGGUGGAAAAACCAAGAUGCAUAAGGCAGAACAAGAUAAAAGAGUUGUACAUUUUUUGAUGGGACUAAAUGAGAUGUAUACUGUUGUAUGUGGGAAUAUCCUUAUGAUGUCUAAUUUGCCAACUAUGUCACAAACAUUUGCCAUUUUAUCACAGGAGGAAAAACAAAGGGAAAUGAAGCCCCUCAGUCACAUGGCUUUGGAAUCCACCUCACUAAAUGCCUCUGUGUUACCUCAACACAAUGCAUGUCCCAAAAGUUUCAAUACAAACUACAAUUCUUAUAGAGGAGGUGAAGGCAUAGGUGCAUGCAGUUCCAACACCAACACUUUUAGAGAAAAUUCCAGCACUGGCAACAUGUCAAACUUGUUUUGUGAAUACUACAAACGAACUGGGCAUACCAAAGACAGGUGCUACAAGCUCCAUGGUUAUCCAGCCAACACAAGAACCCCAAGAGGAAGGGGUUCAGGAUCUGCAACAAAUGUGCAUACUUCUGAGGAUGAUAGAAGUCAGUGUGAUUUGUCAUGUAAAUGUGAUAGAUUGACUGCUGGCUCUAGGAUCAUAGAUUCAGGAACAUCUUACCACAUGACCUACACAAAAGACACUCUCACAAACCUUAGAACAUUGCCUUAUCAUUUCCUAAUUACCUUACCAAAUGGAUACAAAAUUAAAGUGACUGAAAUUGGUGAUGUUUGUUUGAAUCCAACAUUGACUCUAUACAAAGGCCCUUCUCUGAAGAGCCCUCUGGCACUUGGUAAAGCAAGGAAUGGUCUGUAUUUUUUCUGUCCAAAAUGUCACAAUAUUUCACCUGCAAAUGGUAAUGAUGUUUCUCAUGACAAAUGUCAACCUGUUUCUCUCUUUAACUACUGCAAGAAAGUUUUAGUUGGAAGUGAAUGCUAA